CCGAGAGCUACAGCGUGCGCCCAGAAGACGUGUACCUGGUUCACGAUGACCUGGAGAAGCCCCUGGGCAAGGUGGCCAUCAAGCUGGGAGGCAGCGCGAGGGGACACAACGGGGUCCGAUCCUGCAUCAGUGCUUUGCAGUCCAGUGAGAUGACCCGACUCAGGGUUGGCAUCGGGCGCCCGGAGGGUGAAGUGUCCGUGUCCAGCUAUGUCCUGGCUCCCUUCAGUGCCGGGGAGCAGGAGAGGCUGGAGCAGAUCCUGGCCCAGGCAGCGACGUUCCUGCUGGAGCACAUCCUGGAGAGGAGAGCACCUGCCGGCAGGCAGCUCAUGUCCUGCCCGAGCUCCUGCAGCAGCUUCAGACACAGUUUGGUACAGAAGUGA